AUGACGAUGGAUAUUCGUCCCAAUCAUACUAUAUACAUAAACAACUUAAAUGAAAAAAUUAAAAAAGAAGAACUAAAGAAAUCUCUUUACGCUAUAUUUUCACAAUUUGGUCAGAUCUUAGAUAUUGUAGCUUUGAAAACGUUAAAGAUGAGAGGACAGGCAUUUGUUAUAUUCAAGGAGAUCUCAAGUGCUACUGUCGCAUUGAGAAGCAUGCAAGGAUUCCCAUUUUAUGACAAACCUAUGAGGAUCCAAUAUGCUAAAUUAGACAGUGAUGUCAUAGCCAAGGUGAAGGGUACAUUUCAAGAAAGGCCUAAGAGGCCCAAAAUGCCAAAGGGUCUGGAUGAUGCUAGGAAAAAGAAGAAUAAGGAUGCUAAUCGUCCAGGCAUACAUGCUGGCCAAGCAGGCAUACUAAACAAUGUUAAUGCUGAACAACCUCCUAACCAGAUCCUAUUCUUGACCAAUCUACCAGAUGAGACUUCCGAGAUGAUGUUGUCUAUGUUGUUUAAUCAAUUCCCUGGCUUCAAAGAAGUGCGUCUUGUACCAAACAGGCAUGAUAUUGCUUUUGUUGAAUUUGCUAAUGAAAUGCAGUCAGCUGCAGCCAAAGAAGCACUCCAAGGGUUCAAGAUCACACCAACUCACGCUAUGAAAAUUACUUUUGCAAAGAAAUAA